UCGAGCACACGGUCCCUGCACGUAUCGGAGCUCAGUCGUAAAAUCGAACGUGCCGCGUACGGUGACCGGUGGGACAACCGAUCCGUCCGCGCGUCCGGCAUUGGGUUGGGGCAGUUCCGCGCGUCGAUUUGCUGCCGCGUGCUUUAGUGCAAUCCCUUUGGGUUUUUUUGAAUUGAGAGAUCUGUCUUUCAACUGCAAUGGUGAAUGUGUUACCUUUAUUUCGACAGCGAUGCGCCCUGCGAGGCAACGCCUGUUUUGUGAGUGUUACCUGCCGAAACUGAACUGCCGAAAUGAUGUCCUCCUACCGGCACAGCACGGCCAACGGUGAUGGUGCGUGCGAUGUGAACAACAACAACAACAGCAACGACGACCACAACAACAACCUGCUGACCGCUGACAAUCUGCUCCGGCUGGCGCUGAAGAAGCCCAAAAGCUGGAACUGGGAGCUGACGACGUCCAGCUCGUCGCCCAACAUUACCUUCCCCAAGAUACAGCUGUUCGACGGCGCUAGCGGCGAGCUGAUGGUGGAGGUCGAUCGGCCCGACCGUGUCAUCCGCUCCGGCUGCCCGGACACGGUGCCGAAAAGCGGUGGCAGCUCGCCGAGCCGCUACCGGCGCUCCCGCACGUCCCUGGUGCGGGAGAAGCUCACCACCACGGGCGAUUCGCUGGCCGACAUCUUCAGCCAGCUGCAGAACAAGGGCCUGGGCCAUAAGCUCACGACCAGCGGCUCGCAGUACCGGCUGCUGCAGGGUGCGCAGGUGGACGAGUCGGCCCGCGGCUCGCUGCAGAAGAGCAAAUCGGCCAACGCGAUCGUGGUGACACCGGAGGCGCCGCCGAUCGUACGGCGGCGCUCUCGCCGCUCGCUCGCCAGCCGCUCCAGCUCGAUUCUGGAGCGCAUCAGCGAGUUCUACGGCCGCAGCUCAACCGAGGAGGAAGAUGUACUGCCCGCCGUCCCGCAGCUUCUGCUCGCGCCUGCCAGCGAGGCGGGAUCGCCCGCGCAGGAUGAGGGCGUCACGAUCGAGGAGCUACCGGCGGACGACUGCCCAGCCGAGACUGCAAUCAACGGUCCGCCUCGGCCCAAAAUCUACAAGCUGGUGCGGAGCAACAUCGGCACGCUGAUGGUGCGCGAGGAAAGCUUCCACACGCAGCGCAGCCUGCGGCGUCGGCAGCGAGAGGCAGGCGGGGAGCGAGUGCCAUCGCCCCCGGAGCUGGUGGAGCUGGACGAGCAGACGGACCGGCCGCGGCCAGCAGCAGGCGGAAUAGAGCUGGACCGCAACCGGUACGAACGGGAGAUAAGCCGCAUCGACGGUUUGCUGUCCCGGGUGAUGCUUUCGCACGAUCUGCAGACGGAGGAACUGGCACGCGCGGACCUCGGUCCCAGCAUACGCAUCGAAGACGCACCGGAGGACGCGCUGGUGCGGGAGGUUAUGAACGGGUUGAGCACGGAGCACCAGAACGGCUCGACGACUCGGCGGCCGAGGCGUCGCUCGAGGCGAAGCGUUAGUGUGGGCGGUAGCGUUACCUCACCGCAUCGCCUCCGGUCCGCCUCCAGCUCGUCCACCUCGGACGGCGAGCAGGAUCGGGGGUACCGUGGCACGCGGCUACGUGGACAGCAUCGGACCGGCAGCUCGUCCCGAUCCGGCUCGCAGAAACGCCGCGGUAGGACGCGCCAUCGCGAUCCGGACGUCGGACCGCAUGCAACGAUCAGUAACGGUGAUCGCCUCAUCAGUAUCGCCGGUGAGCCGCCCGAACGUCAGCGCGAAUCGUUCCCGGAACGAGCGGAACCAACGGCAGCAGCGCAAGUGAAACAGAGCCCCAUCGUUAGUGGCAAAACAGCGCCGAAAACUAGCAAUUCCGUACCGCAAACUGCUCCCACUGGAGAGAGUAAUGAACCGAAGCCGAAGCUAAACAGUAACGGUGCACCGCCCGCAACCGUUUCCUCCUUUCUGGCGGACAGUUACAACGCGUCCGAUAAGGUGCUUCAGAAGCUCGUGCAAAGCUUGGGCCGCUCGCUAAACACCCGCAAGCGCGAUCGGCUCGAGGCGAAGCGGAAAGGUGGCACCAGCUGGCUGCGGCGCGUACCGGGCUGCUGUGCCGGUACGGGCAAAUCGGUGUCACCGCCGGCACGCGACUCGCUCAUCUCAUCGCAAACGGGCAGCAGCUUACGGUACCGCAACGAGCGCAACCGCCGGCCGUGUGGGGAGAGCGAUCCACUGCUGUUCGCUGCCGGGCCCGACGCACAGCCGGACCGGCAAGAGGCUGCCAGCGAGCACCUUCUAUCCCGCUGCUGUGAUGGUUCGCUCGACGGCACACGGUUUCAGCUCGAUCUUCCGGACGUGGAACCGGCUGUAGAGCUUACCUGUUACCAUCACCACGACCACGACGACGACGACGAGGACGACGAAGACGAAAGCGACGAUACCGACCAAGGCAUCAUCCACCACAACGAACGAACGUGCGCCCUGGAACGCAGUGCCAGUGAACGAGCCGAUCGUAACCAGCGCACCCGAACGAAUAUGGGCGCGAAUGUGUCCUCCUCCGCCCGACAGCACGCGAAAGGACUAACCAGUGGACGCAGGGCCCAAUCCAUAGAUAAUCUUAAGUCCGACACCACGCAGUACUUCCACCAGUACCACAACAACAACAACGGCGACACGUUCCAUCAGCAAACCUUCCUGGCGGACGGGUCCGGCGUCGCUGCCGAUGGCGACGGGCUCGAGAAGCAGCCGCCUCCACCGGAUCUGGCCUGCCUGCCCGGUACGGGGCAGGUGGUAUCGCCCGAGCACCAGCUCCAGCAGCAGCAGCAGCAGCAGCACCCGGAUCACGUCAUCUACGUCAGCCGCAAGGAUCGGAACAAGUUCUGCGGCAGCCUGCCGAACCAUCUCGACUUCGAUGCGGCCACAAUCGACCGGGACUGUGAGGCCAUCGUCAAGCAGAACGAAUUCCUACAGGCAAAUCUGAAAAACGUACAACAGCACCAGCAGCAGCAGCACGCCGCACCACCGAACGGUUCCCUUCCACAGCAACAGCUGACAUUCGCCGGCACCGAUCAGCUUCCAACGGCUGCUGCCCAACAGUUAGCAACAUAUCAGCAGCAGCAGCAGCAGCAGCAGCAGCAACACGACCUACCGCUGCUGUGCACCAAUCCGGCAGGCAACACUUCCACCACGAGCACCACCACCGCCGGUACCGGACCGGGCGAUGCCGUAGCAGCCAGUACAUUCCGCACUCCAUCAGAAGCUUCCGGUACUCAGCAUCCUCCGCCGCCGCAGCAACAGCCGCCCGGUGCACUACACAACCUGCAGCUGAAGCUGCCGCUGCACCGUACGGCCAUCGAUGCCGGUUGCGAUCAGGGGUACGGCAGCGAGCGGUCGCCCGAGGACGAGCUGCCCCCGCCCCUGCUGCUGAUGCACGAAACGCAGUACAUCGAGCUACUGACCGCCAGCACGGCCGCCGACUGUCUCGGCACGGCCGGGCCCGUUCAGCAACAGCCGGGCGAUGGCACGCAGCAGCAGCAGCAACAGCAGCCCUACCAACCAACCUACUGGACCGGCGGCAACCAGGUCGUGGUGGGACCGUACAGUUUUAUUACCAAAGAUUCAAUCUUCUUCGUCCAGGUGGCCAAGGGUAGCCGCGGACUCGGAUUUUCCGUGUCGGGCGGUUCCGACUCGUCCGCACCGUACCCGGGCCUGAUCCGGAUCAAGCGGCUGUUCCCGCACCAGGCGGCAUGGGCGACGGGGAUGCUCCAGCCCGGCGACAUCCUGCUCGAAGCGAACGGUGUACCGCUGACCGGUCUCACCAACUACCAUGCCCUGGAAGAGUUGCGCAAGGCGACGAACGUCGUCACGCUCACCGUUUGCCGACCGAAGGACGAGCAGUACCGCAAGCUGUCGCCGCCGACGGAACCGCCCCGGCCGCCGCUACGCAACGCACCGUCGUACGAGCACGGCUCGGGUUCGGUACCGCAGUCACCACUGCCACCAGCCGGCAUUCCAUAUCCCCAGCAGCAGCAGCAGCAGCAGUUGCAGCAUUUCUUCCCUCCAACGGGUGCCAGUUGGAACCAGCAGGUUGCCGGCUUCCUGCCACCGCUCGAUCCGAUCCAAACCAGCUUCAGUGGGGAGUUUGAGAUUGUCAUGACGAAGCAGCAGGGCUCGCUCGGGUUCACGCUGCGCAAGGAGGACGACUCCGUGCUCGGCCACUACGUGCGGGCGCUCGUGCGCGAGCCCGCCCUGAGCGAUGGGCGGAUCCGCCCUGGCGACAAGAUCGUCGCGGUGAACGACGUCCCCGUCUCGUCGAUGACGCACGAGGAGGCUGUGAUAUUUCUGCGCCAGGCGGCGGACGUCGUCCGGCUGCGGCUGUACCGCGACCAGGCCCAGACGCCCCUCUCCGCCCAUUCGCCGUCGGACGCGAGCGUCCGGGGGGCCCGGACCCGGCUCAUCCUGCGCCCGGAGGCGCGCAAUCUGCUGAACGAUCUGGCCGCCAGCCGGUAUCAUCGGGCGGCGGCCGGCACGACUGGCUCCGGCUCGUCCGUCGCGUCCAGCAGCACUACCACCUCGCCGAGACGCUUGCGGCGCGUCGGUGUGCACCAGCAUGGCGUCGGCUUCGACAACCACGGUUUCCAGCAGCAGCACCACCACCAUUCCAACGACACGUUCAAUUACUCCGACAGUUGCUCCAACGCGUCCACCAUCGUUAGCCAAGCUCUAGACAAUCUGGAUGAAGCGUACUACCGGGACGAGGAGAUCGAUGCCAUCGUCGCCAGCGAAGAGCAGCAGCAGCAGCAGGGUGGCGAACAGGGACCAAGACCGCGCCCCACAUUCCUAGAUCUUGAGGCGGGCGCCCGGUUCCAGCUGGGCGGUGGGGGCGCCACCGUACAGCAGCUGAACCAGCUCGACCGGGCCGCGCUGGACGCGCCGCUACGGUACGGGCUGGCCGGGCCGGGCACGCCCGGGCUCGCCGGGCCCGAUCCGGACGGGCCCAACUUCGUCUCGCUGCCGUGCGAAACCUUCCUGGUGGCGUGCAAAACCGAGCAGGAUCUGCAGGACAGCGACCAGACGGAGGCGAUCUACGUGCAGCACUUUGCGCACAAAUCGCCCCUCUACUCGUCCGUGAACGUGCCGUCCCGGGUCGGUGCCGCCGAGCUGGUCGAUGCGGUCGAACGUGGAGGCAAGAAAAGUCUAAUGAAGUGGAAGGGAGCAACACUGCUGGGCGAGGAAGGGGAGCGGGAAGCACCCUCGAACCCCGCGGACGGCGGUACGCCCGACCAGCAGGACGACGCGCUGGCAACGCCCGACGCGGACGACUCGAGCCUGGCAGCGACGGCGGGGACAACGCUCAGCACCGCCACCCCGACCACGGAGCGCGAACUGUUCGAUCUGAACGCGAGCUGCGGGACGGACAGUGAAGGGAAUCAGAUUUUCACCGUCGAGCUUAACAAGGGAUGGAACAGUCGGCUCGGCUUCAGCCUGCAGCAGGAACCGGCCAGCAACGGUACGGUGCGCACCGUCAUCAGCGCCAUCUACCGGGACAGCGUGGCAGCACGGGACGGUCGGCUGCGCGUGGGCGACAUACUGAUCAUGGUCAACGAGGAGUCGGUCGAAUCGCUGCCGACGGCGCAGGUCAUCGAGCUGAUGCGCAUCGUGCGCGGGUCCAUCUUUAUCACGCUGAUGCGACCGUCCGGCGGUGGUGCGGCUGGCGGGACGCUCGAGCCAACGCCCGAAGAAUCGGAGGAGGUUCGGGAUGGUGCGGCCGACGCGACGCCGACGAUGCAGCCGAACGGAGCCGAACCUGAAAAGGGUGGCGAAGGCAACGCGCCGCCUACGGUGAGCCAGUAAGUGUGUGUGCGCGAUGGUUUCCACGGCGCGAUGCCAGGUAGUGGUAGUAGUGGCCCCGGUUUUUACUAUUUCGUAACGUAACACCUAACGCCGGGUAACGGCUAUAGCGGUUACGUAACAGGUGAUUUUAGCGUGUGUCAUAGGGAAGGGCAGCCAAGAGAAAGAAAGGAAAGGGAAAGAACAACCGAGUUUUGUGUUUGUGGCUGUUGUUGUUUGUUGUUGUUGUUGGUGUGAGAUGAUAAUUCAUUCCGUGUACUGCCCAGGAGCCAUUUGUAACGCUUCCAUUUCCAAAGAACGAGCUGAAAGCGAGAGAAGGGGAGCGACGAUUGUGGAAGGAAAGCGAAGGUGGAGCAAUCAGCGGCUCAACAAAUGACCCAAACACGAGUACGAGCGACUUAAAGAGACUUUUACACACAAUACGAGAUGCAAAAUCGAGGAGAGAGAGAGAGAGAGAGAGAGAGAGAGAGAGAGAGAGAGAGAGAGAGAGAGAAAGCGAGUGGAGAUAAAAACGGAUCUUCUUCGCCGUCAACGUUUAGCCAAUGCAACCUAGUAAAAGCAGGCAGGAGCGGGAUAGAGUUAGUAAACAAAAAGGGAAAAGAAAACGAAUGAUCUAAUUAGCGACAUUAUCGUGUGUCUCCUCCACUCACGCAGAGAUGACUCUGUGUGUGCGUGUAAUCAAAUGUAAUCACAGAGCUGGUAAUUUUAACUAUCCCGUUCCCUCCCUUCCCUUUAUCCCUUUCCAUUUCCUACACACACACACACUGCUCUGUGGUUCCCUUCACACUCAACGGUCCUUUAGUAGCGCUGCAGCGAGUUUGGAAUGACUCGGCGAGCGGAGUUUAGAGACCUAUCCAUUGUUAAGCAUCUUUCCAAUUCUCCCUUCCCGCCCUUCAUUGCCACGGUGGUUGCCCACAAUCCCCACUCCGGUUCCUGCCCAUCCAUCUUUGAUCGUUGGAGUAUUUUAAAUGUUGUUAGUGUAGCCAAAUGCGCAAAAACAAAAGGACAGAAAACAGAAAAAAAACGGAAGAAUAAUAGAACAAAAAUCCACUAUUGGGAAAACAGGCAAGCAAAAAAAAAGCACAUCCAAACACACACACAUUUCCUGUGAAUAUCCCUAGAUUACUGGAUAUUUCAAGUGUGCGUGUGUGAAGAUGAGAGAACGAAGUAGAAGAAGAAGAAAACACUCGAAAUAAAGAUCAUAUGAUGUUUGUACUUUGAA